CAACUACGAACAACGAAUGACUAGCGUAGUAGGUAGUAGGGCCGGAAAUCAUUGGAGAUCCGUGCUUCCGUAGAUUGACGUUCCUUUCUAGUAAAAUGGCUCCGAAACCGAAGCCCACGGAGAAGGCAGGUAAACCUGCGGAGAAAAAGACAGAGAAGAAGGCUGAGAAGAAGCCAGCUACAGCGGCGUCUACCUCAAAGGUGACGAAACCUGCAGCCAAGCCUGCAGAGAAAAAGAAACCAGCGGCUGCCAAGCCAGCAGCUGCCUCCAAACCAGCUGCCAAACAGCCUGCAGCGAAACCUGUGCUUAAGCUUGCCAGCAAACCAUUGAUUAGCAAGCCCAAGAAAAAUGUACAGGCUACCAAAAAGACCCCAAAGGGUGGAAAGCCAGCGACUCCACUUCAAAAGGCUCUUAAGGCCCAGAAGAAGAUCUUGAAGGGAGUCCAUGGCUCCAGAGUACGGAAGAUCAGGACGUCCGUCCACUUCCACAGGCCCAAGACCUUCAGGCCGCCGAGAAUGCCUAAAUAUCCACGCAAAUCUGUGCCAAACAGAAAUCGUAUGGAUGCAUUCAACAUCAUAAAAUUCCCAUUAACGACGGAAGCGGCGAUGAAAAAAAUUGAGGACAACAACACCCUAGUCUUCAUUGUGCACACCCAUGCUAACAAGUAUCACAUCAAGGCAUCGAUCAAGAAGCUCUACGACGUUGAUGUAGCAAAGGUGAACACUUUGAUCAGGCCAGACGGCAAAAAGAAGGCGUAUGUUCGUUUGACGCGCGACUACGACGCGCUCGAUGUCGCCAACAAGAUCGGCAUCAUAUAAUUUCCAUCUCCCUUUUUGUUUAGAAAUAAAAAUAAUACAUCUUGUACCGAUACAAUAAAAAAAAUAUCGAUGCGGAUAGA